AAAAAAAAAAAAAAAAAAUGUUGUUCAUUAUUGAGUAUAAUAGGAUUAGCUUAGCUCGUGGCUAACGUUAGCUAAUGUUAAUAGAGUGGCAAAGCUAGCUAGCAAGCUAACCGUCCGCUAACUAGCUAGCGGAGCUAACAUAACUAGUUUAACGUCGAACAAUAUCCUUUUAAAAACGGGGGUGUUUUUAUUUCAAUAUUUCACCCUGGUCACAGACGGUAAAACAACAUGGCUGUCGGUGUUUUUACACCCCUUGACAGGUGGUGUCUCCGUAACAAAAAGUUAGCAUUAGUUAGCAUUUCGCGCUAGCUGACGCUAAUGGUGGUGGUUUGAGUUGCUUGGCAGAGCUACAGUGUUUAGUUCAGGUACUGAAGUCUGUGGUGGGGCCCUUAGCUACUAGCUAGACAGUAUGUCCUGAGUUGGGAGUGUACAGAACAUGAAAUUGUCCUCGACAGUGCCAUACUGAUCCCCUUGGUAACGGGAACAGAACCGUUUUCUUUCUACCUCAUCCGUGAUGACCGAGGUGGGAGUGAAGUGGGCCUGCGACUACUGCACCUAUGAGAACUGGCCGUCCACUGUGAAGUGCACCAUGUGUCGUGCACAGUGUCCCAGCAGCCCCAUAAUCACAAAGGAGACCUACAAUAGCAGCCCCAGCAGUCUUAGUACGGAGCCUAGUUGUGGCUGGCAGGACCCUCCAAGCCCCGAGGGAAGCUGUGGUAGCCUCCUCAUCUACCCAGACUCCAGUGCCAGGCCCCGUGUCAAGCCCCCCAGCAUGGCUGAGAAUAGCUCCAAAUGGUCCUGUCAGAUGUGCACCUACUUGAACUGGCCCCGUGCCAUCCGCUGUACCCAGUGUCUGUGUCAGCGCCACCAGAGGACCCCAUGCAGCCCCACAGAGGCCCCCCAGACAUCAGGGUCCAAUGUGGGCCACCGCCCAGCCCCUCCCCCCAUGGACCCUAGUACAGAGGAGUACAACGACCGGAACAGACUCAACAGACUCAACACCCGAGGUGGUGGUGGCGGCACUAGCAGUGGGCAGCACUGGACUUGCACGGCCUGUACUUACCAGAACUAUCCCAAGACCCGGAAGUGCAUUGUCUGCGACCACCCACAGCCUCAACCUAACAACCGGGAGGCUAUUCCUAUAGAGCUGGCUGGGCAGUCCGAGGAGGCUCCCUCCUCCACAUCCUCAAUCAUCAAUGAACAGGACAGAGACGGGGCCAGGUGGAGAGGGAGUGGGGGGAGCUGCAGUAGAGGGCUGAGUGGGGGACAGAGACAGGGACUGGGACAGAGGAUGACUUCUCCACCCACCUCUAAGAAGGAGGCGGAGGUAAAGAUGGACUUCCAGAGGAUUGAGCUGGCGGCCGGGGCGAUGGGCAGUGGAGAGGAGCAGCAUCGCCAUCCGGAGAACAUUGAUUUCAAGAAGACUAAACAGAUUAAAAACAGGAUGAGGAAAACUGACUGGCUGUUCCUUAAUGCUUGUGCAGGUGUGGUGGAGGGGAACAUGGCUGCUGUCGAGGCCUACAAGUCGUCCGGCGGUGACAUCGCCCGUCAGCUGACUUCAGACGAGGUCCGUCUCCUGAACCGUGCCACUGCCUUCAACGAUGGCUUUACACUAGUUCACCUGGCCAUCCGCUUCCAGAGACAAGACAUGUUGGCUAUCCUUCUCACUGAGGUGUCCCAGCAGGCAGCUAAGUGUAUCCCUGCCAUGGUGUGUGGUGAGCUGACAGAACAGAUCCGCAGGGAGAUCGCUGCCUCUCUGCACCAACGUAAAGGAGACUUCAACUGCUACUUCCUCUCUGACCUGGUGACCUUCACACUGCCCGCAGACAUCGAAGACCUGCCCACUGCAGUCCAGGAGAAGCUGUUUGAUGAGGUGUUAGAUCGAGAUGUACAGAAAGAGCUAGAGGAGGAGUCUCCCAUCAUCAACUGGUCCUUGGAGCUGGGUACCAGGCUGGACAGCAGACUGUAUGCCCUGUGGAACCGUACACAGGGAGACUGCCUGUUAGACUCAGUACUGCAGGCUACCUGGGGGAUAUAUGACAAGGACUCAGUCCUCCGCAAGACCCUCCACGACAGCCUGCAUGACUGCUCUCACUGGUUCUACACACGAUGGAAGGAGUGGGAGUCGUGGUAUUCUCAGAGCUUUGGUCUCCACUUCUCCCUCCGAGAAGAACAGUGGCAGGAGGACUGGGCCUUCAUACUCUCUCUGGCCAGCCAGCCUGGUGCCAGCCUGGAACAGACUCACAUCUUUGUUCUAGCACACAUUCUUCGUCGACCAAUCAUUGUGUACGGAGUGAAGUAUUACAAGAGUUUCCGUGGAGAAACGUUAGGCUACACUCGUUUCCAAGGUGUGUACCUGCCCCUGUUGUGGGAGCAGAGCUUCUGUUGGAAGAGUCCCAUCGCCCUGGGUUACACACGCGGACACUUCUCUGCCCUGGUCGCCAUGGAGAACGACGGCUACGACAAUCGCGGCGCGGGCGCCAACCUCAACACUGACGAUGACGUCACCGUAACCUUCCUGCCGCUGGUGGACAGCGAGAGAAAACUGCUGCACGUACAUUUCCUGUCUGCACAAGAGAUGGGUAACGAGGAGCAGCAGGAGAAGUUGUUGAGGGAGUGGCUGGACUGCUGUGUAACGGAGGGAGGCAUGUUGGCCGCAAUGCAAAAGUCGUCCCGUCGACGCAACCACCCACUGGUCACACAAAUGGUGGAGAACUGGCUGGAUGGAUAUCGACAGAUCUGUCCCUGCGCCUCUCUCUCCGACGGGGAGGAGGAGGAGGAGGAAGAUGAGUGAAGGAGGGAAGGACACAGUGACACAGACACAGGAGAGGGUGACCAAGAGGAGGAUGUGGCGUCACUGGAUGGGACUCGAGACCACUAGCAUCCUUCAUACGGUACCAUACGCCUCCUCACCUCAAGAGAGAGAGGAUCCACGGUCUUCUGCGCUGCCAUCUGAGGCUGUAUCCCAAAGCACAUAGGGUUCUGGUCAAAAAAGUAGUGCGCACUAUAUAGGGGAAUAGGUUGGCAUUUGGGAUGCAGGCGGAGCGAUCGAUGGUCUUUCACUCUGCCGUCUCAGAAGCACUGAAGAGAGGAGACCUGCUCUGGUUCUGAAAGAACUCUUGGAACACAUUCUAGAAUCUCCUCAACAAAACCAUGGCAACAACAAUGGGUGCGUUCGUAAAUUCACUCUGGAGUGCGUUGUCAGUUCGUAAAUUCACUCUGGAGUGCGUUGUCAGUUCGUAAAUUCACUCUGGAGUGCGUUGUCAGUUCGUAAAUUCACUCUGGAG